AUGCAGCAACAAGCACUGGAAUUCUGGGUUCGCCGCGGUAGUGAUUCGGUACAAGACAGCAGCCAGGAAAACACGGAGCAGUGCAGUAGCGAAGCCUCUGCAGAUGCAGGUUCGACAGAGCCAACAGCAGCAGCUAUUGAUCUUUUAGAAAGCUUGAAUGUGAUUGCAGACACGGUGGACGACUACGACGAUGUCGUCGAUAACUUCAUGGGCGGGCCUGUAGGUGUGUAG